AUGGCAGAUUCAUUUCCAAGUCAUUUUACAAACGAACAUGAAAUCCUAUUUUACGAAGGAAUUUCAAACCAAAAUUAUCAAAGCAAGAAUGGGAAAGCCUCUAAGAGCCCAUUGAUGAUGAAAACUCAAGAAAUACAAAAGGAAAACAUGAGUUCUCCCGAGUUUAGUCUGUUUCAUAUGGCUUCACCUGAUCUGGAAAGAUUGAUUGUAGGACAAACGUCAACCUCGGAAACUCCAGUAACCAACAGCCGAGAAACAACCACAAUCAACACUUCUGAUUUAAAUGUUUUAAACUUAGUGUCCCCUGAUUUUGAGAAAAUCUUUUCAAAUUUUAACGAUAAAGAAUCUGGUCAGGACAAAGGAAGAAGCGUUCAAAAACAACAUGAAGUUUAUACGAAGACAUUCGUUGAUGCUCUGCACAAGAUUCAAUGUGAACAACAGUUGGGACACAAGGAAGGGACGCAUAAUAUUGAAACAAGUGGCACGAGACUACACGAGAACAAAAGUUACAACUUUGACAGUCAAAAACAUCAAUUUGUUAGAAGAAAAGUUAGAAAUGAACAACAAUUCAUGCCAGGACAAGAUCGCGGAAUCGAAGACAUGAAUCUAUCAAACUACGGCAAUUUUGGACUUGCGACGAUGGAGGACAAAAAUAAGAAUAAGAUUGGAACAUUUGAACAGCACAGUUUUGGAAGUAAAGCUGGGACUAUUGGACGAGAAGAUGGAAACAGAAACACAAUCAGAACACACUAUGCCAAUCAUCCAGCAAUAUUAGAUGCUUACAACGCUGGGAUUAAUACUCAGAUGGAAGUGGGUAAUAGAAACACAGGAUUUGGGAACCAAAAUAAUGGAACUAUGCCUGGAAAUCAAUCUAAUUCUCAUCCAUCAGCAUUAACUAUGGGGGACGGCAGCAGAAUCCAAGCAAACUACACUAACUCUGGUUCAAGCAAUCCUAAUCAAUCUAAUCUUAAUAUUAAUCCUGGGAAUCGAACUAAUCCUUCAGAGAUAAAUCUCGAAAGCCAUCCUGAAUUAUUCAAACUUCAUGCUCAUGUCAAACUUUCUGAGAACAUGAGGGAUCACAUGGAACAAGUACCUUCAGGACAUCAAGAUGUACACACAACUCAAAUGUUCCCUUUGCCCCCAAUUGACCUGCAAGUCCAGGAAGUUGUGAAACGUGAACGGAAGAAGCAAAAGAACAGAGUGGCUGCUUCAAAAUGUCGGAAAAAGAAGUUGGAACGAGAAGCUCAGCUCGAAGUGAAAGUUCAAGAAUUGAGAGAGAGGAAUAUUGAGCUGACAACCAUAGCUAGUGCGUUGAAAAGUCAGUUGAGUGACUUGAAACAACAUGUCAUGGAACAUAUUGCAUGUGGCUGUCACGUGACAGCUUACUAA